GUCAAUUCUUAAAAAUUCGAGCCUGUAGAAGGCUGCGCUGUCAAGAGACCGGAGUUGCGAGUGUCUGGGUGACGUCCGUCCUCCUGGAAGGUGGGAUCCGGGUGGCAGGUCGCUGGGCGGCGACUCCGGCCGGGCUCACAGCGCCGUGCCCGCCCUGCUCAUCGGCCCUACCCAGCGUCCCUCCCAGACCGACGACCGCCUGGGAAGCCUGGAGCUCCCAGCCCGCUGCACAGCCCGGCUCCGCUCCACAGUCCCCCACUGCCACCGGCCAGGGCAAAACCGGGCGAGCUGGCGAGACCCGGCUGCAGGACCGAAUCGCGCCGACACUUGACGGCGCUCCCCGCCCCUCCCUGCCGCCGUCUCCGCCCCCGUCCGGUCGGAUUCCGGCGCCCGCCGCCGCCGCCGCCGCGGCCGCCGCCACCGCCGCCGAUCUCGGAGGCUUGUCCCUCGCCGCCCACCGUAGCCCCGGCGCUCGGCCGGUCGCCGUUUCCAAGAUGGCCGCGGCGCGCACGGCUCCUGCGGCGGGGUAGAGGCGGAGGCGGAGCCGAGUCACUCCCGCACUUCGGCACUCCGGUGCCCCGCGCCAGGCUGCAGCUUACUGCCCGCCGCGGCCAUGCGGGGCUCCGUGCACGGAUGAGAGAAGCCGCUGCCGCGCUGGUCCCUCCUCCCGCCUUUGCCGUCACGCCUGCCGCCGCCAUGGAGGAGCCGCCGCCACCGCCGCCGCCGCCACCACCGCCGCCGCCGGAACCCGAGACCGAGUCAGAACCCGAGUGCUGCUUGGCGGCGAGGCAAGAGGGCACAUUGGGAGAUUCAGCUUGCAAGAGUUCUGAAUCUGAUCCAGAAGACUUCUCCGAUGAAACAAAUACAGAGAAUCUUUAUGGUACCUCUCCCCCCAGCACACCUCGACAGAUGAAACGCAUGUCAACCAAACACCAGAGGAAUAAUGUGGGGAGGCCAGCCAGUCGGUCUAAUUUGAAAGAGAUGGAGUCUUGCUAUGUUGCCCAGACUGGCCUGGAACCUCUGGACUCAAGUGAUCCUCCUGCCUCAGCUUCCAGAAUAGCUGACCCUCCUGAAAAAAUGAAUGCACCAAAUCAGCCUCCACAUAAAGACACUGGAAAAACAGUGGAGAAUGUGGAAGAAUACAGCUAUAAGCAGGAGAAAAAGAUCCGAGCAGCUCUUAGAACAACAGAGCGUGAUCAUAAAAAAAAUGUACAGUGCUCAUUCAUGUUAGACUCAGUGGGUGGAUCUUUGCCAAAAAAAUCAAUUCCAGAUGUGGAUCUCAAUAAGCCUUACCUCAGCCUUGGCUGUAGCAAUGCUAAGCUUCCAGUAUCUGUGCCCAUGCCUAUAGCCAGACCUGCACGCCAGACUUCUAGGACUGACUGUCCAGCAGAUCGUUUAAAGUUUUUUGAAACAUUACGACUUUUGCUAAAGCUUACCUCAGUCUCAAAGAAGAAAGACAGGGAGCAAAGAGGACAAGAAAAUACGUCUGGUUUCUGGCUUAACCGAUCUAAUGAACUGAUCUGGUUAGAGCUACAAGCCUGGCAUGCAGGACGGACAAUUAAUGACCAGGACUUCUUUUUAUAUACAGCCCGUCAAGCCAUCCCAGAUAUUAUUAAUGAAAUCCUUACUUUCAAAGUCGACUAUGGGAGCUUCGCCUUUGUUAGAGAUGGAGCUGGUUUUAAUGGUACUUCAGUAGAAGGGCAGUGCAAAGCCACUCCUGGAACAAAGUUUGUAGGUUACUCAACGCAUCACGAGCAUCUCCAACGCCAGAGGGUCUCAUUUGAGCAGGUAAAACGGAUAAUGGAGCUGCUAGAGUACAUAGAAGCACUUUAUCCAUCAUUGCAGGCUCUUCAGAAGGACUAUGAAAAAUAUGCUGCAAAAGACUUCCAGGACAGGGUGCAGGCACUCUGUUUGUGGUUAAACAUCACAAAAGACUUAAAUCAGAAAUUAAGGAUUAUGGGCACUGUUUUGGGCAUCAAGAAUUUAUCAGACAUUGGCUGGCCAGUGUUUGAAAUCCCUUCCCCUCGACCAUCCAAAGGUAAUGAGCCGGAGUAUGAGGGUGACGACACAGAAGGAGAAUUAAAGGAGUUGGAAAGUAGUACGGAUGAGAGUGAAGAAGAACAAAUCUCUGAUCCUAGGGUACCGGAAAUCAGACAGCCCAUAGAUAACAGCUUCGACAUCCAGUCGCAGGACUGCAUAUCCAAGAAGCUUGAGAGGCUCGAAUCUGAGGAUGAUUCUAUUGGCUGGGGAGCACCAGACUGGAGCACAGAAGCAGGCUUUAGCAGACAUUGUCUGACUUCUAUUUAUAGACCAUUUGUAGACAAAGCACUGAAGCAGAUGGGGUUAAGAAAGUUAAUUUUAAGACUUCACAAGCUAAUGGAUGGUUCCUUGCAAAGGGCACGUGUAGCAUUGGUAAAGAACGAUCGUCCAGUGGAGUUUUCUGAAUUUCCAGAUCCCAUGUGGGGUUCAGAUUAUGUGCAGCUGUCAAGGUCACCGCCUUCAUCUGAGCAGAAACACAGUGCUGUGUCGUGGGAGGAGCUGAAGGCCAUGGAUUUACCUUCAUUCGAACCUGCCUUCCUGGUUCUCUGCCGAGUCCUUCUGAAUGUCAUACAUGAGUGUCUGAAGUUAAGAUUGGAGCAGAGACCUGCUGGAGAACCAUCUCUCUUGAGUAUUAAGCAGCUGGUGAGAGAGUGUAAGGAGGUGCUGAAGGGCGGCCUGCUGAUGAAGCAGUACUACCAGUUCAUGCUGCAGGAGGUUCUGGAGGACUUGGAGAAGCCCGACUGCAACAUUGACGCUUUUGAAGAGGAUCUGCAUAAAAUGCUUAUGGUGUAUUUUGAUUACAUGAGAAGCUGGAUCCAAAUGCUACAGCAAUUACCUCAAGCAUCGCAUAGUUUAAAAAAUCUGUUAGAAGAAGAAUGGAAUUUCACCAAAGAAAUAACUCAUUACAUACGGGGAGGAGAAGCACAGGCCGGGAAGCUUUUCUGUGACAUUGCAGGAAUGCUGCUGAAAUCUACAGGAAGUUUUUUAGAAUUUGGCUUACAGGAGAGCUGUGCUGAAUUUUGGACUAGUGCGGAUGACAGCAGUGCUUCCGACGAAAUCAGGAGGUCUGUUAUAGAGAUCAGCCGAGCCCUGAAGGAGCUCUUCCAUGAAGCCAGAGAAAGGGCUUCCAAAGCACUUGGAUUUGCUAAAAUGUUGAGAAAGGACCUGGAAAUAGCAGCAGAAUUCAGGCUUUCAGCCCCAGUUAGAGACCUCCUGGAUGUUCUGAAAUCAAAACAGUAUGUCAAGGUACAAAUUCCUGGGUUAGAAAACUUGCAAGUGUUUGUUCCAGACACUCUUGCUGAGGAGAAGAGUAUUAUUUUGCAGUUACUCAAUGCAGCUGCAGGAAAGGACUGUUCAAAAGAUUCAGAUGACGUGCUCAUCGAUGCCUAUCUGCUUCUGACCAAGCACGGUGAUCGAGCCCGUGAUUCAGAGGACAGCUGGGGCACCUGGGAGGCACAGCCUGUCAAAGUCGUGCCUCAGGUGGAGACUGUUGACACCCUGAGAAGCAUGCAGGUGGAUAAUCUUUUACUAGUUGUCAUGCAGUCUGCCCAUCUCACAAUUCAGAGAAAAGCUUUCCAGCAGUCCAUUGAGGGACUUAUGACUCUGUGCCAGGAGCAGACAUCCAGUCAGCCGGUCAUCGCCAAAGCUUUGCAGCAGCUGAAGAAUGAUGCAUUGGAGCUAUGCAACAGAAUAAGCAAUGCCAUUGACCGCGUGGACCACAUGUUCACAUCAGAAUUUGAUGCUGAGGUUGAUGAAUCUGAAUCUGUUACCUUGCAACAGUACUACCGAGAAGCAAUGAUUCAAGGGUACAAUUUUGGAUUUGAGUAUCAUAAAGAAGUUGUUCGUUUGAUGUCUGGGGAGUUUAGACAGAAGAUAGGAGACAAAUAUAUAAGCUUUGCCCGGAAGUGGAUGAAUUAUGUCCUGACUAAAUGUGAGAGUGGUAGAGGUACAAGACCCAGGUGGGCGACUCAAGGAUUUGAUUUUCUACAAGCAAUUGAACCUGCCUUUAUUUCAGCUUUACCAGAAGAUGACUUCUUGAGUUUACAAGCCUUGAUGAAUGAAUGCAUUGGCCAUGUCAUAGGAAAACCACACAGUCCUGUUACAGGUUUGUACCUUGCCAUUCAUCGGAACAGCCCCCGUCCUAUGAAGGUACCUCGAUGCCAUAGUGACCCUCCUAACCCACACCUCAUUAUCCCCACUCCAGAGGGAUUCAGCACUCGGAGCGUGCCUUCCGACGCGCGGAGCCAUGGCAGCCCUGCUGCUGCUGCUGUUGCUGCCAGUCGGCCCAGCCCCUCUGGUGGCGACACUGUGCUGCCCAAAUCCAUCAGCAGUGCCCAUGAUACCAGGGGUUCCAGCGUCCCUGAAAAUGAUCGGUUGGCUUCCAUAGCUGCUGAAUUGCAGUUUAGGUCCCUGAGUCGUCACUCAAGCCCCACGGAGGAGCGAGACGAACCAGCAUAUCCAAGAGGAGAUUCAAGUGGGUCCACAAGAAGAAGUUGGGAACUUCGGACACUAAUCAGCCAGAGUAAAGAUAGUGCUUCUAAACUAGGACCCAUAGAAGCUAUCCAGAAGUCAGUCCGAUUGUUUGAAGAAAAGAGGUACCGAGAAAUGAGGAGAAAGAAUAUCAUUGGUCAAGUUUGUGAUACGCCUAAGUCGUAUGAUAAUGUUAUGCAUGUUGGCUUGAGGAAGGUGACCUUCAAGUGGCAAAGAGGAAACAAAAUUGGAGAAGGCCAGUAUGGGAAGGUGUACACCUGCAUCAGCGUCGACACCGGGGAGCUGAUGGCCAUGAAGGAGAUUCGAUUUCAACCUAAUGACCAUAAGACUAUCAAGGAAACUGCAGAUGAAUUGAAGAUAUUCGAAGGCAUCAAACACCCCAAUCUGGUUCGGUAUUUUGGUGUGGAGCUCCAUAGAGAAGAAAUGUACAUCUUCAUGGAGUACUGCGAUGAGGGGACUUUAGAAGAGGUGUCAAGGCUGGGACUUCAGGAACAUGUGAUUAGGCUGUAUUCAAAGCAGAUCACCAUUGCAAUCAAUGUCCUCCAUGAGCAUGGCAUAGUCCACCGUGACAUUAAAGGUGCCAAUAUCUUCCUUACCUCAUCUGGAUUAAUCAAACUGGGAGAUUUUGGAUGUUCAGUAAAGCUCAAAAACAAUGCCCAGACCAUGCCUGGUGAAGUGAACAGCACCCUGGGGACUGCAGCAUACAUGGCACCUGAAGUCAUCACUCGUGCCAAAGGAGAGGGCCAUGGGCGUGCGGCCGACAUCUGGAGUCUGGGGUGUGUUGUCAUAGAGAUGGUCACUGGCAAGAGGCCUUGGCAUGAGUACGAGCACAACUUUCAAAUUAUGUAUAAAGUGGGGAUGGGACAUAAGCCACCAAUCCCUGAAAGAUUAAGCCCUGAAGGAAAGGACUUCCUUUCUCACUGCCUUGAGAGUGACCCAAAGAUGAGAUGGACCGCCAGCCAGCUCCUCGACCAUUCGUUUGUCAAGGUUUGCACAGAUGAAGAAUGAAGCCUAGUAGAAUACGGACUUGGAAAAUUCUCUUAAUCACUACUGUAUGUAAUAUUUACAUAAAGACUGUGCUGAGAAGCAGUAUAAGCCUUUUUAACCUUCCAAGACUGAAGACUGCACAGGUGACAAGCGUCACUUCUCCUGCUGCUCCUGUUUGUCUGAUGUGGCAAAAGGCCCUCUGGAGGGCUGGUGGCCACAAGGUUAAAGAAGCUGCAUGUUAAGUGCCAUUACUACUGUACACGGACCAUCGCCUCUGUCUCCUCCGUGUCUCGCGCGACUGAGAACCGUGACAUCAGCGUAGUGUUUUGACCUUUCUAGGUUCAAAAGAAGUUGUAGUGUUAUCAGGCGUCCCAUACCUUGUUUUUAAUCUCCUGUUUGUUGAGUGCACUGACUGUGAAACCUUUACCUUUUCUGUUGUUGUUGGCAAGCUGCAGGUUUGUAAUGCAAAAGGCUGAUUACUGAAAUUUAAGAAAAACGUUCUUUUUUCAAUAAAUGGUUUAUUUUAGGAAA